CUCAUACCUUAACCUCUUCUUUAAUUGUCUAAAUUUUUUGAACUAUUUAUAGAUCUAAUUUGCCUUUUGCUUUUGAUUAUUGAUUAUUGAUCUUCGUCUUCUCUUUUCUAUCUCAACGAAGAAGAAGAAAAAAUGGCUAAUAACAAUAACAGUAACCUUAACAGCACCUCCGAUCGGGAAGAAUCGAAUCCUCUCUUGAACAAGAACCUUCAAGAACAAGAGAAGAAAACAACCAAAGCUGCUGCUGAAUCUCCAGUGGAGAAACCGGCACCGCCGCAAUUGCGUCGGCCUGAAUAUGGGUGGACUGCCAAUGGGUUGCCUUUGAGUCACGGGAGCGUUGUUGGUGAGCCUAUGGGUCGUGCUCAGUGGGAUUCAAGCAUUUGUGCUUGUCUUGGUCGCAAUGAUGAGUUCUGUAGCAGCGAUCUUGAAGUUUGUCUUCUUGGAAGUGUUGCUCCUUGUGUGCUGUAUGGCAGCAAUGCUGAGAGACUUGGAUCUACUCCUGGGACCUUUGCCAAUCACUGCUUGCCUUACACUGGUCUUUACUUGAUUGGUAAUUCAUUUUUUGGUUGGAACUGCAUUGCACCAUGGUUCUCUUAUCCUAGCCGUACAGCUAUCCGUCGACGGUUCAACCUGGAGGGUAGUUGUGAGGCACUUAAUAGGUCAUGUGGUUGCUGUGGAAGCUGUGUGGAGGAUGAGCUGCAGCGCGAACAGUGUGAAUCAGCAUGUGAUUUUGCAACCCAUGUGUUCUGCCACCUAUGUGCUCUCUGCCAGGAAGGCCGUGAGAUCCGCCGCAGGGUGCCUCAUCCUGGAUUCAAUGCUCAACCGGUCUUGGUUAUGAUCCCUCCUGGGGAGCAGGCAAUGGCCCGUGAGCCCUGAAGGCAGCCAUCCUUUACACUGUCUAUAUACAUAAUAUAUCCGUGUGAUGUUGUAAAACCCUUCGUUAAAGUUUGUUUCUGUGACCUGAAUUGCAGUGGCAGAUCCUAUUGGUUUGAUCAAGUAACGCAAUGAUGAACACGCAGACCUUGUUUAGUUUAUAUUAUAUUUGUGUAUCUUCCUUGUAAUUUGUUUAUAUAUUUAUUUAUUUUGGUUGGAAUGGAAGUGAGUUGCAACCUAGACA